AUGGGACUUGGGAAAACUCUGAGCAUAAUCUCUCUCAUAGUCAAUGCAAAGUUGGAACGAAGACGACGAAGGAAAGAAGGAACUGAUGAAGUGGACAAAGAAAGGAGGAAGCAGAUCAAGGCUAGAGGGCUCGUGCCAUCAAAUGCUACUCUGAUUGUGGCACCAGCAGCGCUGAUUUACCAUUGGGAAGCAGAAAUCAAUGAACGAUGUGAAGAUAAUCUUCUGGACACCAUCGUAUACCAUUCCGCUUCGAGAAAGAAGAUUGGGAUCGAAACCUUAAAACAUGCUGAUGUUAUUAUCACCACUUACACGACAUUAGCAAGCGAAAUUGAAGGAGACAAUAAGCAUGAAAGGGUCCGUGUUCGAAGUCCCUCUCAGAAAACAAGCGUUUUAGAAGAGAUUUAUUGGGCAAGGAUUGUACUGGACGAGGCGCACCAAAUCAAAAACAAGGCUACGAAAUCUUCAAGGGCAGUAUGCAGAUUGGAAGCGGACGCUCGGUGGUGCGUCACAGGUACACCACUUCAUAACAAUCUUUGGGAUUUAUACUCUUUGAUGAGAUUUCUCAAAGUCGAUCAGUUUUCUGAAGAGUGGUAUUGGAAGGAGUACGUUGUCAAUUCUUCGAAGAAAUCUGCUGACCGUCUGAAUCUUCUGAUGAAAACUUUUGUUCUUCGUCGAGAGAAGAACUUCAUCUCAACGAUGUCUGGAAAACAGCUGGUAGUGUGCAGCAUUAACGUAUCACUGACUUAUGCACUAUAUGUACUCUUC